AUGGAUGGGAAGCGUAUAGAUGGCAAGGUGAUGCAGAGCUUCCAGAGGAGCUUCGUGGAGGUGCAGACCAUCCUCGACCAGAACCGCAUACUGAUCCACGAGAUCAACCAGAACCAGGAGAGGAGGGCCCCCGUUGACCUCAGCCGCAACGUCGGCCUCAUCCGGGAGCUCAACGACAACAUUUGGCGUGUCGUUGACCUAUACUCCGGCCUCUCCAGCUCCUUCUCCAGCUCCGGCGACGCCUCGCCGGAGCUGGUCCCUUCCGCCGCCACUCCCCGCCCUACCGGGAAGCGCCUCCGCCUCGGCUGA